ACUCAGUUUGUCACGGAAGUUUCUGGGGGGUUUCAAUGUGUGUCGGCGGCGUUUUUCUGUUUGUUUGUUUGAUUGAUUAUUGACGUCACCGUGACGCUGCAGACGUUUUAAAUCUGAACGGACGCCUGUUUAACGACUCACGGAAGGCAUUCACCGGCAGGACCAGGACCUGGACCAAAACCAGUCUCUUCCAGUAUCCUCCCAGUCCUUCUCCCAGUGUUCCCAUUGCCCCCACCAUGAGUGUCCAGCCCCGGAGGAUCCGCCUGAAGCCCUGGUUGUUGGCUCAGGUGAACAGCGGCAGGUACCCUGGUCUGCAGUGGCUCAGUCCAGACCACCGACUCUUCCAGAUCCCCUGGAAACACGCUACACGCCACACAUCGAUGUCAGAAGAGGAAAACACCAUCUUCAAGGCGUGGGCACUGGAGACAGGUAAAUAUCAGGAAGGUGUGGAUGAACCCGACCCUGCAAAAUGGAAAGCGAACCUUCGCUGUGCUCUGAACAAAAGCAGAGAGUUUCAGCUGAAAUACGACGGCACCAAAGAGACUCCAGUCCAACCAUACAAGAUCUACGAGGUCUGUGAGCAGCCCGGGAACACAGAUGCUGCUGAUGAUGAGGAGGAGGACGAGAUGCCAAAUCUGAUGGAGCUCACGAUCACUCAUUCAGACGUGAAUCAGUUCAGUUUGUCCAACGGGACGUUUGUACCUCCACAUGUGAUCCCGGUACCUGUCCUACCGGAAAGAGCGGUCCCCAUGACCUCUGACCUCCAGACUCAAGGUCAGAUGGUGGAUCAGGGGAGCUUCGUACAUCCUGCGGGACUCUCUAACAGACUCCAGGACUUGAAUUCUCUCACCACCCCGGCUGCCUCUGCUCCUCCCGGGGCAGCACUAAUGGAUGCCAGCAGCAUGGGGUGUGUCCAGACUCAGGGGGACCCUCAGAACCACCAGCCCUGCAAGUAUGACCUGCUGAGCAGCGUCCCACUUACAGAUCUGGACCUGAAGUUCCAGUACCGGGGCCGGAUGAUGGGUUCUCUGAUCGUCAGUAACCCUCAAGGCUGCCGAUUGUACUAUGGACAUCUAGAGCCAACCCCGGAGCAGGUGGACCUGUUUGGACCUGUCACCCUGCAGCAAGUCCUGUUCCCAGGGACGUCCGAGAUCCAGAACCAAAAGCAGCGGUUCUACACCGAGGCUCUGCUAGACGUGAUGGACCGUGGUUUGAUCCUGGAGAUCUGGGAGCAGGACAUCUAUGCCGUCCGCCUCUGUCAGUGUAAGGUUUUCUGGUCUGGACCAGGCAUGCCCGAGCAGGGUCCGCCAAACCCCAUGGAGAGGGAGAAGAAGAUCAGAGUGUUCAGUCUCAAUGACUUCCUGCAAGGUCUGAUCUUGUUCCAGAAAGGUGAAGCUCAGAACCCUCCACCCUUUGACAUCUGCUUCUGUUUUGGGGAAGACUGGCCCGACAACAAACCCAAAGAGAAAAAGCUCAUUAUCGUCCAGGUGGUUCCUGUCGUGGCACGGAUCCUGACUGAGAUGUUCUCUGGAGAACUCAGCUGGUCCACAGACAGCAUUCGCCUGCAGAUCUCAAACCCUGAUGUGAAGGACCAGACGGUGGAGCAGUUCAAGGAGCUGCAGAGGCUCCUGCAGAGCCAACACAUCCAGGGGCCCUGGACACCUAAUAUCUCGUCCACACCUGGAGUCUGACAGGGCGUUGGUUUGAUGGCUGAGCCCCCUCCUCCACCUCUGCCUCCGCCUCCUCCCCCUCCUCCCGUACAGUCCACAUGUUUGUAUUAAAGACUGAACUUGUCCUUCAGUGAGCCCUCUGCAGUUUCGAUGAGUCCUGCUCUGAUUGUAGUAGUUUAUGUACAUAAUCUCUCGUUCCAUGAACCAGCAGAUAACGAACAGGGUGAGGACACCCCAAUGAUGAGUGUAACACGUGUAUAAAUAUAUAUACAGUGAUCUAUUCAGAACCCUACCACACUGUAAAAGAUCUCUUAAUAUGAUGAAGCUUCAACAGAGCGAGUAGCACUCAUCAUUGGGGUGUCCUCACCCUGGUCGUUAUCUUCAGUCAGUUUUUCUGUUUUAUCCGGACUACGAGGGACUUUCAUGCUGAACAGACGUCCACCUGAUUGGUCUAACUCAGACUGCCGAAGCCUCAGAUUAGCUUCUUGGAUUAAGACAGAUUUAAAACAACAAAUCUGUCCUUUAACUUGUUCAAUGAAAGCAAACAUCACUGUGUUUUUAAACUUUUAGAGCUCAUUUCAGUCAUUUUUCCUCUCAGUGAAUGAAUUGUGGAUUUCAAUAAACACCGCUGCAGUAUU